CAAACGGAAUAUUGAUUUGCAUCGUCAAAAAUAAUGCGAAAAUUAUGAAAUCUGUUUACCUUCAUGUAUCUAGCUGGAGAACAAAAAUAGAAUCACUUUUGCUUUGAUGACUUGAAUACUCAGAAGAUUUAAUCUAUACAUGGUUCUUCUAACAGUGGUAUUCAUUUCGCAAAGUACAUGUGUAAUUCAGUUAUUACCUAGACAGAUACCAGGACAGAUACCAGGACAGAUACCUAGGCAGAUAAUACCUCGACAGGUAAUAACGAGACAAGGUGUAGAGGAAGAACAACAACAAAUAUUUCUUAUCAGUGAUGGUGAAACAGCAGUGGGUGGUACUGGACGUGGCACAGGAUCAUUUUUGCAAUUGUUUCCUAUUCCUCUUUUGACACUUGCUGUACCCAUGAUGGCAAUGGCGAUGAUGACAAUGAUGAAUACUGUUACUGAUGGAACAACUGUUGCGGCACCAAUUGUUCCCGUUACUGUGCCAACAACACAAUCAGCUGCACAAACAACACCAUGUGUUCCCGCAGAUUGUCCAAAUAGAUAUGUGUUGUUAGAUGACCAAACCGUUAGUCCUAAUUGUUACUUUAUAAAUGAACAGGACGAUGAUGAUCGGUUAGCGUGGGCUAGUGCUCUGGUGAAAUGUAUCAGGACACCAGGAGCCUACCUAUGGAUGCCAAGUAGUGAAACACAAGUUAACGCUGUAUUUGAAAAGCUUAGUUUCCCGAAAAACACUGACGUAUGGACUGGUGGAUAUAGUCCUGACAAUAACGGAAAUUAUGUAUUUGCCGUAACCAAUAGUCCUUUGCCCUAUACGAAUGUUCCAUUUGGAGAGACUUUUUCUUUUCAAAGCAGCGAAUGUAUUACUAUUCGAAUCAGAUCUUCCGAGGGUACGGAAGCACCGAAAUGGGAUGAUGAACCCUGUGCAUCGAGAUAUAGAUAUAUUUGCGAAUUUCCGAGGAAAACCUGUCCAUAGAAUUGUAUGUGGUCAUUGUUAUAUUUCAAUGGACGAAUUGUCGGAUGCGUAGUGCAAUAAAAUAACAAAUAAGAA